UAAAAAGGAGAUAAUUGUAGUUAUGUGGCUUGCAGUAUAUAGAGUAGAUUUUAUGUAUGGCAAAUUAUUUGUUGUUUUUCUGAUAAUUCAAUGAUUUUGUAUAUAGAUGCUAUUUCUGUAGAGCAUCUGUUAACAGGAUGUGAUAUAAAACAACAAAACUAGCCUGGUAUGAAUUUAGGCAGGAACUUCCUCUGAACUUCCUCAGUGAACCGAUUGAUUGCUGGAUGAUUUGGUGCAAAGAUCUGAGACAGUGAAGCAGGAAUGUACACAAAACAAGAAGGAGACUGCAGGGAAAAAGAAGCAAUGCAUAAUUUGUGUGCUACAAAUGGAAGAACAGAGCAGUGUUGUGGGGAGCAUAAAGAGAGACUGGAGUUAUUUUGUAAGGAUGAUGAGACUUUUAUCUGUGUCCUGUGUGUUCCCAGGCAUUCCAGCCACAGUUUUGUGUUACUGCACGAGGCAAUCAGUGUGUGUAAGGACAAGAUAAAAACAGCUUUAACAUCUCUAGAAUCCAAAGUGAAAGAAUUUGAAUACAUGCAAAACCAUCACAAGAAAGGAACUGUAGAUGUAAAAGAAGAUGUUUUUAAUUUGGAGAAAUACAUUAAUCAAGAAUGUGCAGAACUGCACCAGAUUCUCUUAGACAAGGAACAACAACUCAACCAGCAGCUGAAGAAUGACGAAGCAAAUACUCUAAAACGGAUGGAAGGAAAUCUCGACUGCAUUAAACAAGAGAUCAUUACCAGUCUUGUGACAGACUCCGAUGGCAACUUGGAGGACAAGAUAAUGGAAGAAUAUAAUAAAUUUAUUGAAAAUGAUGCCUUGGCAAUUAAGAACAUUAGUCACAGCAACUUGGAGAUCAGACAACCGGAACCUGCUGGUUUGCUAACAAAAGUAGAAUAA